CGGGGGCGCGAGCGCUUAUAUAAGCCAAACUUUAAAGAUGCACACCGUUAAUCCCGGCCUUGCAGGUCAGAAGAAGGAGCAGAGAAGAUUAAAACAACUUUUUUUUUAACCCAAGAUAAAGAGUUUUUACGCAUAAGGCAACAGCUUUGUACAGAACAGCGAAUCCAAAGUUGCAAUGAGGGCGGUGUGUCUCCUCAUCCUCGUCUCAUUAGCGGUGUUCAGCAUUCAGUGCCAAAAUGUCCCGAGUGACUCUGGUGGAGAAAAUCCGACUCUGGAAGAGGUGUUACAGCGAGCCGAGGGUCAGCUCCUGCGCUCCAUCCUCCAAAAACAAGAGGACGACGAGAGCGCAAACGAUCUGUUUCCAGAGCAGGCAGAAUGGUUGGUAAAAAGGCAACACCCGGGCAAGCGGCAGCAUCCUGGAAAGCGCGAGGAAGACGAUUAUGAAGAGGAGUACGCGGAGCUUCAAAAGCGUCAGCAUCCCGGGAAGCGCGAAGACGAGUCGGACUUGUUCGUGGAGCUCCAACGACGGCAACAUCCGGGCAGGCGCUCAGAAAUGGAAGGUCAGACAUCGCUACAAAACGACCUGCUGAACGGGUUCUCCAAGAGGCAGCACCCAGGGAAGCGGUACGAAGGGUAUGACAAGCGCCAGCAUCCCGGCAAGCGCGAGGCGGAGGAGGGCGCAGCGAGCGCGGUGGACUCGUGGGAAGUGGACAAACGGCAACAUCCUGGGAAAAGGUUCUGGGACCUUUUGGAAGUGUCCACUGGGAGUCCCUGUGAUGUGCCGGGCUGCAGGAAAGCCAGUCUGCUGCUCCAGUUGCUCAAUGAAGUGAAGCAAAGCCGCGCAAACGAGAAGAGGCAGCAUCCCGGCAAGCGGCUGACGGCGCAGGAAGAGCUGGAGGAGAUGCAAUAGGCAACACGUGCACUGUGACAAGAAAUGGUACACUUACUAGAAAGAAUAAUUCAUUCACAUCGGCACAUGGGUACAUUUUUUUCCUCCACUUUUGCCCUUACUGCCCUUACGCCACAUGAGAUAUAUGCCAUAGAUGUUUGGCGUAUAUCAUAAGUAUCACAUUGUGGUUUUGUUUAACUACAAAACUUUUUAAUUUAUUAAAUAUGUCUUUCAGAUGAGAUAAUGGUAAAGUAAUUUCACAAGUUAAUUCAAAACAAACACGUAGUAACGUUUUGCGUAAAGGUGUCCCUAUUACGCACAACUAGUCUCUAUUGCAGCUUCUUCUUUUGCUGGAAAUCUCUAACGGCGCAUUACAGACUUUUCUCUCUCAACUUUAGCCAAAGAGCAUAGCAGUAGUAAUUGGCCACCUUCAGCAGCUCGGCUACACCACGCAUAUAUCUCGCAUAUAGUAAACUAAACUACUGUGAUAUGUCAUGUGGCCACGCAAGGCUCAAACUGCACCACUUCCCGCUUCUCCCCCUCCACCAGUCCUUGUGUUAGUAAUGUAUACCUUAUGUAAAAUUCGAGCGAAUAUACCCUUGCAAGACGGAGUCGUCGAGUUAUUUUUCUACACUAUACGCCUGCAUGAGUUGGAGAGCUUGUCAAUCAAUCUGUAAAUUAUUUUUGGUUCCAUGGAUAUAUACAGCGCACAUGUAAAUUGCAGUUAUUGCUGUACAAUAAAAUGCUUUCGAUGCGAACGACUGGAAGCG